AUGUGGUCAGUCAUCAAUUUUGAAACGGAUAAUACUGUGGAGGUAGUCCCUUCGCAUUGGUUUAAAAAAAAUGGACAGUGUGCCUGGCCAAAAACCACAAACAAAAAAUACAUACACAGAGCUGUUUUUAAGAAAAUAAUACCCAAUAAAACAGAUUUCAAUUAUUUUGAUGCACGGUGUAUGGCUAGAAAUAUCGAUAAUUUUGCAAAUGCCCAGAGAAAAUGUGAGUUCGCAAAAACCAGAUCAGAUAUCUCUUCUGGUGCUGAUGAAAAUCAAUAUAAAAUAUCCAAAAGGUUAAAGAAUAAAAAACGAACUUUAAUCAAUUCAAGCUCUGAAUCAGAUAGAGAACAAUCUUCAGAUGAUGAUGACAAUGAUAUGCCUAGUUUAAUUUCAGAUACAGAACAUAAUAUUCUUCUUGAUAAAUCAAAUCAUGACAACAUGAAACGUAAUGGUUGGUCUCCAUUAAAAACAAAAGUGACUGACGCCGGAGUAAAUUUGUUAGAAAAAAAUCCUAAUACAUAUUGCAAUCUUGAAAAAGAAAUAUCGAUUCAAAAAUCUUCAACUCCUUUAAUAAUUGCAGGUGGUCAUUCAAAAUCAUUUGUUUCUGGGGGAGCAAAACGGAGUUUACUUUUUGACCAAACUGACCUUUUGAAACUUGACAGUUCUGAAAUUCCUGCAUCUAAGACAAAUUAUGAUGAUUCUUUGAUAUCUGCAGGUUCAUCUGAUAAUGGUUUUCAAAAGUCUGUCCUCCACCAGCUGCUUACCAUGAAAUUCGAAAUACGUACAAUUGAUGAAAAACUAAAUAAUCUUACCCAACUUGUAGAAGAAAAUAAUAACAACUUGAAAUCCAAGAUUAAUGAAACUGAUAUUUCUGAUAAUUAUCAGUUUGAUGACAUAGACUUGCCGAUAAACUCAUUAGAUAUGUUGGACAAUCUUGAAAUAAAAUUAAUGAAUGAUAAAACUUAUCGUGCUCAUUUGGUAAAACGACUUUCGGCAAUCGGUGGAAAAACCAUUAAGAUUAUGGUCAAACGAAUUAUGUCUAUAUUGUUUAUGCAAGAACUUCUUUGUGAAUUUUCAUACAACGGGCGUGGCAAUAAAAAACAUAGUUUUUCUAAAUUAAUGAUCAAUAAAUUAAUUUUUCAGUCUGUUCAACAAAUCAAGAAGUUUUCUAUGAUAGAAACUUGUACUAAUGACAUAGAAGAAGUUAUUAAGUAUGUGCUGAUUCAAUCCCCAUUUAAAUUAAAAAAAAACAGGAUUCUGUAG